GUAAGGUUUAGUAGGGCGGGACUGUGUUCAGGAUAUCCGGUAAAACCAAACCAAGGCUGUGCGUAAACGGCGAGCAAAUAUGUUGGCAAUUUUCUCCAAUUUAUGCUCUCUGAGUUUGGGACAUUUGUCCUGGUUAAUACAUUUAAAUUAACACGUCAUUGAUAUAUUGUGACGUCAUAUCUACGGACGGGAGCUGUCACCCAUGUAGAGCUAAAAAGAAAAGAUCAUAAAACAGAACAGAUCACAUGAACAGAUCGUCUGAGCCGUUCUGGUUUGUAGCCGCUCAUGGAGAACCAGACCGGGCUCGAGCUGUCUCUGCGCCGUGUGGCCCUCCUCGGCUCCGAGGUUCUCGAACGGGCCUCAAGGAGACGUGCGGACGGCGCCGCCUCGGGUCCCCGACUGAGACCUCUCGCAACCGUUCAGAAACACGGGCAGGAUCCUCUUGAGAGAACCCACAGGUCUACACCUCUGGACCAGGCCUUUGAGACCAUGGGAGCGUUGAUGGUCCAGAGCAGCCAUCAGUGCAUGAGGGUCCAUCGACCGGACGGCUGCUCUGAGCUCAGUGUAGCGGAGAGAAGGCAUGCCUCCAGGUUCCACCGGACUGUUGGCAGAGCCCACACACCAGGCAGCAGGACAGAGGGAAGGCCUCCUCAGAGCGCAGCAGCCUAUUCAGACUUCCACAUUGAGGUGUCUCCAGGGACUUACACCAUCACGGCCGGCCUGCCCCAGGCCCAUCAGCAGGCCCAGAGGGUCAGCCUCCACGCUGGAGAUGGCAUCACACUCAACUUUGACCUCUCACCCCUCUCCUGACCAAUUCACAUUUGAUCAUCACAGAAGGCAAUAAAACUGUGCCAUCUAUC